GGGCAGGCAAAACGAUUUCACCAAACGAACUAAACGGAGCUCUUAACGCCUAAAUUAAAAAAUGGGCAUUGGCUAUGGCACCGCCGACGAGGAGCUGGAGAAGCAAAUCGGUUGUGUAAAAUACACAUUAUUCUGUUUCAAUAUUGUGGCAUGGAUGAUAUCGACGGCUCUGUUCGCCCUAUCUGUUUGGCUGCGGGCCGAACCCGGUUUCAAUGAUUGGCUACGGAUUCUGGAAGCUCAGUCGUUCUACAUUGGCGUUUAUAUAUUGAUUGGCAUCAGUAUCAUCAUGAUGGCGGUUACAUUUUUGGGCUGUCUAAGUGCCUUGAUGGAGAACACAUUGGCCCUAUUCGUAUUCAUUGGAACUCAAGUGUUUGGCUUCGUGGCCAUUGUGGCGGGAUCAGCCAUAUUGCUGCAAUACAGCACUAUGAAUUCCAGUCUGCAGCCCUUGUUGAAUGUGUCAUUGCGUCGCUUUGUCUCCACAUCAGAGUACACAUAUUCGAAUGCUGUGCUAACCAUGAUUCAAGAGAAUAUUGGCUGCUGUGGGGCAAGUGGUCCAUGGGAUUAUUUGGAUUUGCAUCAACCGUUGCCAAGCUCCUGCCGGGACACUGUCAGUGGAAAUGCCUUUUUCAACGGCUGCGUUGAUGAGCUUACUUGGUUCUUUGAGGGCAAAUCCUCCUGGAUUGUUGCCCUAGCCAUGACAUUGGGCCUUCUGAACGUUAUCUGUGGGGUAAUGAGUUUCGUGCUGGCUCAGGCAGUCAAAAAAGAGGAGGAGCAGGCCAGCAAUUAUCGCCGUUAAUCAUCCAGGAGGAUCAAGUUGAGACCAUUGUGUGGAGCCAUCUUUUUUUGUAACAUUAACAUUAGCUAAGUUAGAUAUGUAGAACGACCAAACGACACUUUUAAGUAAUUCCAAAGCGAACAAUCAAUAAAAAUCAUCAAAAACAAAA